UAUGGGAAUAUCUGGGAGUUUUGUAUUCGGGAAAAAAAUGAUAUGAAUCGACUCUAUGAUGUAGCAUUAUCUUUCUUUCGGCCUGAACAAAAGGACUCGAAUCUUAGUGAGUAUUUUGCUUCUUUCAAGAGCAUUUAUGAAGAGUUUAAUACUUUGAUGUCUUUAGAUUUAGAUCUGGAAAAGAGGAGACAACAACGAGAGAAGUUGGCUAUCAUUGCCUUCCUUAGUGGGAUGAGGUCUGAGUAUGAUUCUGCACGUUCCCAGAUUCUUGCUAGUGGCGAGACCUCCCUUACAGAAGCUUUUUCGCGGGCUAACCGUUCGGUUAGGCCUACCUCUUUCAACCCCGAUCUCUCUGAGAGGUCUGGAUUAGUUGGUCAUGCUUCUUAUGAUGCUGGUGGUAGCCGUGGGGGUCGUGGUGGCCGUGGGGGUCGUGGUGGUCGUAGUGGUCGGGGUUCAGAUGGUAAAUUUACAUGUUAUCAUUGUGGGGGAGUGGGUCACACUCGUGACAGGUGCUGGAAGUUGCAUGGCAAACCACCACAGGUUCGCUCUGCAAAUGUAGUUUCUGGAAUGGAUAUGGGCAUCCAAGAUUUGAGUAUUAAUUCUGAGUCCCCAAGUGAGGGACGGGUGAGUUUGUCUGCGGCUGAAUAUUCUCGUCUCAUGAGUCAGAUAUCUACUUCUGUUCCCGCUACUACGUCUGCUACUACGAAUGCUUCGGCAUUCAUGUCAGUUUCUCCUCAUACUUGGGUGAUUGAUUCUGGCGCUUCCGAUCACAUGACUGGGAACACAGGACCGGUCUACGAAGCAGAUGAUUGGUAGAGGUUCUCUUACUUCCGGGGGAUUGUACGUCUUGGAUGUUAGACCUUCUUCCUUGUUCGUGUCAAGUCCUUCUUCUCCUAUGGAGCUUCACAGUCGUCUUGGUCAUCCUGCUCUUCCUAGUUUAAAGCUUAUGUGCCCAUCUUUAUCCUCUUUAAAGCAGCUGUUUUGUGAGUCUUGUCAAUUUACGAAACAUCAUCGCAGGUCUUAUGUGUCUAGGAGUGUUAAACGAGCUUGUGCUCCUUUUGACUUGGUUCAUUCCGAUAUCUGGGGUCCAUGUCCUGUUAUGUCGAAAUCUGGAUUUCACUAUUUUGUUAUUUUUGUGGAUGACUAUUCUCGUGCUACUUGGGUAUAUUUAAUGAAAAA